AUGACGGAGGCAACAAGAGAUGACGAAGGCGGCUCAUCGGCGCCGUCGAUCGUAUCGCCAGCAGUCGAUUGCACGGCCAAUAUCGAGGAGAGCGCAGACGAAUUCUACGACUUCACCCCAGAGGACUACUACCGCAUUCAACGCACGCGGCAGAAACAAGACAAGUUCCUCAAAACGCAGAAGAUUAGAGAGGCAGAGGACGCAAAACGCAGGUCGAAGAUCACAAAGGCCGUGAUUAGGGUUCGGUUUCCGGAUAAUCGCACUGUGGACGCAACUUUUCACCCGUCGGAUAAAAUUCAGAGCUUGGUCGAUUACCUGAGGAAAGUUGGUGCUCGACCGGAGUUACCGUUUUACCUAUUUACCGCUCCGCCGAAGCAGGUGUUGAGAGACAUGUCGCAGGAUUUUUACUCUGCUGGAUUUGUUCCCGGUGCAAUUGUGCAUCUUUCGUACGGUGCACCGAACUAA